AUGGCCGUCCAACUCGCCCAUCUGCCCGAGGUGCAACGGCUCAGUCCGGCCUGCAUCCGAAUUCUCGGCGGCAACCCCGGAAAGUUCACCCUGCAGGGCACAAAUACCUAUCUGCUGGGCACUGGAAGCCGGCGUCUCCUCAUCGACACCGGCGAGGGGAAACCCUCGUGGAUCGCAGCUCUCAAGCGGACCCUGGCCGAGGAAAAUGCCGUUGUCUCCCACGCUUUGAUAUCACACUGGCAUGGUGACCACCAGGGCGGCAUCAAAGACUUGCUUGCAUUAUCAGCGGAAACUCAAGUGCUCAAGAACCAGCCCGAGGACGGCCAGCUGGACAUUGCCGACGGCCAAAAGUUCAGCGUCGAUGGGGCAACCCUGACUGCCGUCCACACCCCGGGCCACACUGUUGACCACAUGAUCUUCGUGUUCGAGGAGGAGAAGGCCAUGUUCACCGCUGACAACGUGCUCGGCCAAGGCACAGCGGUGUUUGAGGACCUGGCCACCUACCUGACCAGCCUGGACAAGAUGAAGGAGCUCUUCGAUGGUAGAGCGUACCCUGGCCACGGACCGGUCAUUGACGAUGGGCCUGCCAAGAUACGGGAGUAUAUCUCUCAUCGUCAACAACGUGAGGACCAGAUCACCCAGACUCUACAGUCCGUCAAUAAGGCAACCGGGACUGCUUCAUGGGAGCCGAUGGAGCUGGUCAAGAUUAUCUACCGCGACGUACCCGAGACAUUGCACCUGCCAGCCCAGGGUGGGGUCAUGCAAGUGCUGCAGAAGCUGGAGAAGGAGGGCAAGGCGGCUAAGGAAGGCAGCAGAUGGGUUUUGAAUGACCGAUUAGCCCUAUAG